CCUCCGAGUGCUCACGUUUUGGUAAACAAACGACAAUAGAAUCCACCAGAGAGGGAUUUGAUUCACGUUUUACGACGCAUACUGUCAGCCACUAUGUGUUUAAUUUACCUGGUGAACUUUACGCGUCGCUAUGGUGAGUUAAUGAGCUUUAGCUGCUGAAGCUAGCUGGCUGCUGAGAUGAGACUGAAGUCAUGAGAGGAGGACAGACCAACAUCUGGCUCCAGCUGUGACGAUGUGAUGGAAGAAGAGACAAAACUGACCUGCUGCCACGGAAAAGCCACAACAUGUCUGGCCUGCUCCAGAGACGAGCCCUCUCAGCUGUGGCACAGCACUCCCGUCAAAAAGAGAGACGACGGCUGGACGAGGUUCAGGGCGGACUGGACGGCUCCGCGGGGGCCUGCAGGAGCUCGGUUCGAUACCGGAACGCCGAACUACUCCGAGGUCCCUUUGACGGAGCCCAGGGUCUUCUCCACCCUCCAGAGGCAGGGGGCGGAGCCCAGCAGCAGCGCCUCCACCCUCCAGAGGCAGGGGGCGGAGCCCAGCAGCAGCGCCUCCACCCUCCAGAGGCAGAGGGCGGAGCUGCAGCUGCUGGUGUCCGAGCUGAAGGACCGCGAGCGCGAGCUGAACGCCAUGACGGCGUCUCACCACAGAGAGCGGCGCUGCUGGGAGCGGGACCGGCGGCGGGCGGAGGCGCUGGAGAGGAGGGGGGUCCAGGUGGAGGAGGAGCUGCAGAAGCGCAGCGAGGUGAUCCAGGUGCUGGCCUCCCGGCUGUGUGCGGUGGAGCUGAGGGAGGAGGAGCAGCAGCAGGAGCUCCGUCAGGCCCGGCAGCAGCUGGAGGAGCUGCAGAAGGACCUCCAGCUGAGCCUGGAGACCCGGCUGCACCUCCAGGAGGAGAACCGGCGUCUGAGCUCCAGCGUGACGGAUCUGUCCACCCAGCUGGGCUCUCUGCAGGUCCGGCAGGAGGAGCUCCGCUCGGUUCUGCAGCUCAAGGACAGAGACGUCUCCGAGGCUGCGGUCCAGAACCGGGACCUGUCGGAGCGCCUGCAGCGCCUCCGGAGCUCCCUGGAGGAGAACCGGCGGCAGGAGGACCGGCUGCUGACCGAGUCCCAGGAGAACCGGCGGCUCUGCAGAGAGGCAGCGGCGGAGGCGGCUCUGCUCAGAGAGGAGCUGCAGCAGCAGGUGACUCAGAGCAGCUCGCAGAGAGAAGAAAUCAUCCGACUGAAGCAAGAACUGCAGCUGCUGAACAGACAGCUCAACGAAGGGGGCGACAGCUGGAAGGACGAGCUGCUGCAGCUGGCUCGGUCCAAACAGGAGAGACUGACAUCUGAACUGGACCACCUGAGACAGGUGAGACAGGUUUGCGAGGAGCAGCAGGACGACCUGCAGCAGCUGAGGCGGGGCGAGAGGAGCGCCGGGGAGCUGCUGAGCAGCCAGGACGAGCCGGACCACCGGCCUCCUCCACCCCUCGCCGUGAGGAGCCACAGAGACCCGUCCUCGCUGACCGGAGCCCUGAGAGGACCAGGACGCCGCCGGCAGGCAGACGUACAGCCUGACGCUGCUUUAGCGAACCAGACAUGGAGGACGGUCUCCGCUGCGCCCGGCUGCUCUCUGCUGGAUGAAUCCCGGCUGUUCGCCACUGGUCCAGACGGCGGCGUGACCCUUGACCCCCGCCGGCCCCCCCCCACUGCCCCCUCUCUGAAGUGUGGCGCUCCACCCUGAAGCCGAAGCUUCCUGCGGCGCCGCGUCAAAAACCUCGUCCGAAUUCAGUGUUACGCCCCACAGGGUGAAAAAACCCGAUCGCGAUGAAUGUAUUUUUAAUUAAACAUGAGCUGUG